AUGAAACGUCAUUUGAUCAAACCCAUUGGUGUGCACUUGUUAAAAGUGGAAGAAAUGUUCACGCUGUUAGGACAAAUCGAAACAUAUAUGAACUCGACGCCCUUGACACCAUUGAGCACUGAUCUACAUGAACUUACCGCUUUGACUUCUGGACAUUUCUUGACGGGGGAACAUCUGUUUGAACUGCCGGACGAAGUUACAGAAGACAAUGUGACAAAAAAGUGGCAACUAGUACAAAGACUCAAACGACAGUUUUGGCAGCGAUGGAGUUUGGAGAAUUUGACACAGUUGCAGCAACGAGCAAAGUGGUUUAGUGAGAAUUGGAAAAUAAAUGUGGAUGACCUAGUCCUCAUUAAAUGCGAAAAUCAACCGACUGGCCGAUGGCCUCUAGAAAGAAUUGUGGUAGUUCAUCCUGGACGUGAUGGACAAACUAGAGUAGUCACGCUGAAGACCGAAAAUAACAUAUUCAAACGACCUAUUUCGAAGAUUUGUCCUUUGCCAAACAACGGGGAACAAACACUAGAGCCAACGAUAGCUGACAUUGGUAUCCACCCAAAUCGACAGAAAAGGAAACAAGAAUAUCGGUCUGUGGGAAAGACAUCAAAAAUGUCCAAACUGAUGAUCAACCUAUUCGCUUUGUUAGUUUGUGUCACGGGGGCAAAAAGCAACUAUACCUACCAAAAAGCACCCUGA